CCUCUCCUGAUUCAGCGGAACAGAUUUAUUCGUCACUUCUCCUCUGCAGCCUCACGCAGCGAGCCUGCUGCAAAACAACACAAUCCCAAAGCCGGCAGCACCUGUCCCGACCGGCAGCCCGCCGCUCCGCCUGCGCAGAUUAACGGCUCCGUUACAACUGUGCCUGCGCGGUGACUGGCGUCCACUGCAGCUAAGAGGCGGAGGAGGUGGGGGGCGACAGGCUGGGACCCAGCGGAGAGACGAGCAGCGACUGUGAAUGAUGGGGAAACUAAAAAGCGACGACUGCAUUGAGGAUGAGCCAAUGGAUAAUCUGCGGGACAAAUAGAUAACCAGGAGAGGAAGAAAACGAGGAGGAAGAGCUCUGUUUCUGUUUCUACCUUUGGAACUCCUGCAGGGAGAUGUUCAUCAUUAUGGGAUAGACGCACGGGUCUGCCCAUUGCCAUGGAUACCAGCACGCGAAAAUUCACAGUGAGGAGAUGGUUUUCUAUCUACCUGAAGAACAAGGCGGCGAGGAGCAAGAACAGCGCGGGGUUCUGUCAGCUGGAGGAUGACAGUAUACUUAAGGAGAUUGACAUCAGCCACCAUGUUAAAGAGGGCUGUGAGAAAGCAGACCCCUCUCAGUUCCAGCUGCUCAAAGUGCUGGGACAGGGCUCCUAUGGAAAGGUGUUUCUGGUGAGGAAGAUCAGAGGAGUGGACAGAGGACAGCUGUAUGCCAUGAAGGUCCUGAAGAAAGCCACGCUGAAAGUUCGGGAUCGCGUUCGGUCCAAGAUGGAGAGAGACAUUCUGGCAGAAGUGAACCAUCCAUUUAUCGUUAAACUGCACUAUGCCUUUCAGACAGAAGGAAAGCUCUAUCUGAUCCUCGACUUCCUCCGAGGAGGAGACCUUUUCACUCGCCUGUCAAAGGAGGUAAUGUUCACAGAGGAGGAUGUGAAGUUUUACCUUGCAGAGUUGGCCCUGGCCUUGGACCAUCUACACAGUCUGGGCAUCAUCUACAGGGACCUCAAACCUGAAAAUAUUCUUCUGGAUGAAGAGGGACACAUUAAGAUAACUGACUUCGGGCUGAGCAAGGAGGCCAUCGACCAUGAUAAAAGAGCGUAUUCCUUCUGUGGAACAAUAGAGUACAUGGCUCCAGAGGUCGUAAACAGGAGAGGACACACGCAAAGUGCUGACUGGUGGUCAUUUGGGGUACUUAUGUUUGAGAUGUUGACAGGAUCUUUGCCAUUCCAAGGAAAAGAUCGGAAGGAAACAAUGGCGCUGAUUCUGAAGGCCAAGCUGGGCAUGCCGCAGUUCCUCAGUCCUGAAGUGCAGAGUUUAUUAAGAGCACUCUUCAAGAGGAACCCUGCCAAUCGACUAGGUGCAGGACCAGAUGGAGUGGAAGAAAUAAAACGACAUCGCUUCUUUGCAUCCAUAGACUGGAAUAAGUUGUACAGGAAGGAAAUGAGGCCUCCAUUCAAACCCACGGUUGGAAGACCUGAAGACACUUUCCAUUUUGAUCCUGAGUUCACCUCCAGAACACCCACUGACUCUCCCGGCAUCCCUCCCAGCGCAAACACACACCAGCUGUUUCGUGGUUUCAGCUUUGUUGCAACAAAUCAAAAUCACGAGCCCAGCGCUGCUACGGUGGCGCCCUCUCGUCAGGAGGUGAACAACAUCAACCCCAUAGGGCAGCAUCUUCGUGGUGACGUGGCCUUCAGCGAUGUUUAUGAGCUUAAGGAGGAAGUUGGACAGACAGUGACUUCCGUGUGCAGGAGAUGUCUGCACAGAGUUACCGCUGUGGAGUAUUCAGUCAAGAUUAUUGAGAGGGCGAGGAAAGAUCCAUCAGAAGAGAUCGAGAUUCUGUUAAGAUACGGACAGCAUCCAAAUAUUAUUACUCUCAAGGAUGUGUUUGACGACGGCCAGUGUGUGUUCCUGGUUCAGGAUUUGCUGAGAGGAGACGAGCUGCUGGACAGAGCCCUGACGGUGCCAAAUUUUACAGAGAGGGACGCGUCGGACGUUAUCUGUACGCUGACCAAGACUGUGGAGUAUUUACACUCACAGGGGGUUGUGCAUCGAGACCUGAAGCCCAGUAACAUUCGCUACUCUGAUGACAGUGGACUCCCAGAAUGCAUCAGGAUAUGUGAUUUUGGUUUUGCCAAACAGCUCCGGGCUGAGAAUGGUUUGCUGAUGACCCCGUGUUACACAGCCACGUUCAUGGCUCCUGAGGUUCUGAAGAAGCAGGGUUAUGAUGCAGCCUGUGACAUCUGGAGCCUGGGGAUCCUGCUCUACACCAUGAUAGCUGGUUUCAGUCCCUUUGCCAGCAGCUCUGAGGACACAGCGGAGGAAAUUCUGGCUCAAAUUGGCUGCGGGAAAUUCAUUAUCACAGGAGGGAACUGGGACCUGGUAUCAGAGGCUGCCAAGGACAUUGUGAUCAAGAUGCUCCACGUGGACCCUCACCAGCGCCUGACUGCCCCCCAGGUUCUCCGUCACCCCUGGAUAGUAGACCGAGAUCAGCUCUCUGACAGAGCUCUCAGCAGGCAGGACGCACUCACCGUCAAGGGGGCGCUGUCGGCCACCUACUCUGCAUUGAGGCGCUGUGCUCCUGCACCUGUCCUGGAGCCUGUUCACUCCUCCAGCCUGGCUCAGCGGCGAGGAAUGAAGAAACUGGGGAGUCCCAAAGUUAAUUCAGACCCUAAAGAAAAAGAGUAGCAUCAACCAGCUGAGUGAAAAAGAAACUUAAACUUAGACGGACAUCGUUUCAAAAGAUGGAGUCUUUUUGAGAAGCACACACCUUGGUAUAAAGUGCUUAUAGGCCUAUAAAGUGAAUGUAGCAGAUCAGAAAAAUUUAAUCCAAAGGGACUAAGCCUAAUUAACUGUAACAAUAAAGCAGUCCACUAGCACUGGCAUCAGGAUCCGCUUCAGUUCACUCAACUGAAAGUGUCAUUUUUUGAAAAUUUGGGCACUUAGUUUGAAAAUUGCCCUUAAUUUCAGUUGGUUGAAAAAAUAUUUAUCUCAAUUUCAUUCUCAGACAGUAUUUCUCAUAGUUCGGCUAUAAAACUGCAAUGAUCGGGACUGAUCUGAGUGGACCUUUACUUUAUUUUGGUCAUACAAGUCAAACCACAGUCCAGUUGAAGCUGUGGUGCAACAUAAAACAGACAAAUUGUUACUUGCCUUGAUCUUUAUGUGCAGUAGCUCCAGCAGCUGAAAGUGGGGCAAAUUAUUCCGGUCAACAAAAUGAGAAAAAGCAGUACUCUGUGCCACAAACAACAUGCCAAAUAAUCAGUUUACUUUAGUUUUCAUGUUCAGCACAUCCGUGUAUGACACCAGGAGUUCGUGGACAGCCAUGAUAACACUGUUUCCCACAAUCACUACUUACAUAAAAUAACAUAAUCUGAUAUCAGACGUUUGUUAGAAUAACAUCUGUUUGAACACUGUCUCUCAGAUUCUAAUAUUUUUCCUCCAGCCAGUCUUUUGAAUUCUAUGGAUUUAUGCAUGUUAAAAAUGUAAAUAUCCUACCAAAGGGAAUUAUUGCUUUAGCUAGCAAUGCCAUUGAAGUCUUAUUGUUCAUAAUAUGCUUCAUCAUUUGACUGUGUGUAUUGCUGUCUUCCAGCAGCCUUUGACUCUCAUUGAAAUUUACCGUCAAAAGUGUCACAGCUGCACUUCCCAGAUCUGGUGGAACGGCGAGAGGUGUUCAUGUUCAGCGUUGUUUGUUGUGUUUUUCACAGCAUUGUUCAAAGUGUUAUUUGUCUGAAGAGUAGUCAUAGAGGCAGGAAAACGCAGAGAGCAUCAUAUUGCUCUUUGGUAAAUGUCCCACUCAUAGCGAAACCGUGCAGCUUAUACUGCUUUGUAUUAUUAAGUCCGCAUUCAGUGUGAUAGUUCAUCUUUCCGUGUGUGCUUGAGUGUGUCAAGUUGCUGCCAGUAGGCUCCUGUUUGCUGUUAUUGUUAAGCCAAAAUGUCUGAGAAGCACUGUGUCAGAGGACUGUACAUACUGUCUAUUGCUGCUGCCCUGAUUGUAUCUAAUAAUAAGUCGUACAAUCACAAAUACGAGGUAAGACUGAACAGGGUGCAGAUAUGAGUAGCGCACUUUGUGUCGUGCAGUUGCAGUGUCGUUACCAGUAGGAAUGUAGAUUAUGAUGCUCCACAAUUAAUACACAUACUUACUGGUCAGAGGUAAAACAAAAUGUAUUGUGUUGUGAAACCAAUAAGCACUGUAGCAUAGAUACAGUAAUUCUGUACAUAUUAUGUUUGCAGAUGCACAGACCGUAUGUGUUGUGGUGCAAUUGCACAACUGUUAGAGGUGGAGCCGGGACUGAUGCAACUAUGAGUAUGCAGAUAAGGUUGUAGAUAUUGUGCUGUACACCCGUAAAAUCGAGGUAAAAGCUGUAAAUAUUGUUAACUAAUUUAAAUUGUACAUACUGUCAUGCAGAAGCACCAGUAAGAGAUUAGACUGUAUAUAUUUAGUAUUGUGCAACUAUCGGCAAGCGGUGAGGCUGUAUAUAUUGUGUUUGCAGAUGUAUUAAGAUUGUACAUAUUAUAUUGUGUUGUGCAUCCAUUGCUCAGAGUGUACAUACUGUCUAUACCUGGCCAAUCACUGAAAUUAUUGGCUAGAAUGCCAAAGUUUUACAAAUAAAGGAAAAGACC